AUGAGUUGUAUGAAUCGUUUGAGGUUUUUAAACUCUUUGCUAAACAGAGCACGAAGCGUUGCGCGGCUCGGAUCCACUACUCCUCAGCCGCAACCGCCGUCUCUCGCCUCCGCGUUUUCUUCAUCCGCCGUCAUGAACGGCCUCGAGACUCACAACACGAGGCUCUGUAUCGUAGGUAGUGGCCCGGCGGCACACACGGCGGCGAUUUACGCGGCUAGGGCGGAACUAAAGCCUCUUCUCUUCGAAGGAUGGAUGGCUAACGACAUCGCUCCCGGCGGUCAACUAACGACGACCACCGACGUCGAGAACUUUCCCGGGUUUCCGGAAGGUAUCCUCGGCCUGGAGCUCACUGACAAAUUCCGGAAGCAAUCGGAGCGAUUCGGCACCACGAUUUUCACGGAGACGGUGACGAAAGUCGAUUUCUCGUCGAAGCCGUUUAAGCUGUUUACCGAUUCCAAAGCCGUUCUCGCCGACGCCGUGAUCCUCGCUACCGGAGCCGUGGCUAAGCGGCUUAGCUUCGCUGGGUCCGGUGAAGGUUCGGGAGGUUUCUGGAACAGGGGAAUCUCCGCUUGUGCGGUCUGCGACGGAGCUGCUCCGAUUUUCCGGAACAAGCCUCUUGCGGUUAUCGGCGGAGGCGAUUCGGCGAUGGAGGAGGCGAAUUUCCUGACCAAGUACGGAUCCAAGGUGCAUAUAAUCCACAGGCGAGACGCUUUCAGGGCGUCUAAGAUCAUGCAGCAGAGAGCUCUGUCGAAUCCUAAGAUCGACGUGAUUUGGAACUCGACGGUGGUGGAGGCUUACGGAGACGGUGAAAAGGGUGUGCUCGGAGGGUUGAAGGUGAAGAAUGUGGUUACUGGAGAGGUUUCGGAUUUGAAAGUCUCUGGAUUGUUCUUUGCGAUUGGUCAUGAGCCAGCGACGAAGUUUCUGGAUGGUGCGGUUGAGGUGGACUCAGAUGGGUAUGUGGUGACGAAGCCUGGGACUACAGAGACUAGCCUUGCCGGAGUUUUUGCCGCCGGUGAUGUCCAGGAUAAGAAGUAUAGGCAGGCCAUCACAGCUGCAGGAACUGGAUGCAUGGCAGCUUUGGAUGCGGAACAUUACUUACAGGAGAUUGGAUCUCAACAAGGGAAGAGUGAUUGA